AUGAACCGCUCAAAGAGCAAAGGCAAACAAAUCCACCUGGCUUUCCUUAUAAACUCCCGCGAGUUCGCCAACGAGGGACACAAAAAUGAUAUUUGCCGCGCAGACAUUAUCAGCAAACCGGGCGACGGGUUCGAGAAUUCGUACAACUGCGUUCUCAAGCUCCUAAACAACCACUCUAUCGUUCUCAACAUGAGCAUGGCCGGGUUUAAGGAAAUCGAAGUUCCAUUCUUCAUGUUCUUCCGAGCGCUUGGGGUCUACUCCGCUAAGGACAUCAUUUCGUACAUCACGUACUCAUUCGACGAUGAAGAACCCAUCAACAAGCAGAUGCUCAAUAUUCUCGAGAGAGCCAUGACCAACUAG